AAAAAAGAUCCACAAAAUACGUUCGUUACUCUCCCCAGACGUUAACUAUACUUGAAGCACAAAAUGGCUUUGAACGCGCAGUGUACAGACUCUCAAAAGGAGAUGCCUCCAGUUGUGAAACUUAAUGUAGGUGGUAGACAUUUUGAAACAAGACUUGAAACAUUAAGGAAAUAUCCGGAAUCAAUGCUAGGAGUUAUGUUUAGCGGCCGAUAUAAAUUAGAUUUGACCGAUGAUGGACGGUAUUUCAUAGACAGAAACGGUGAUUACUUUGAACAUAUUUUAGAAUUUCUGAGAGACAGCUCUUACCUACCACCUAAGGACUUUCUUUUCGCAGUUUUCCGCGAAGCUGACUAUUUUGCCCUUGAUGCACUAUGCGAUAAAAUGACGAUGACACCACCAAUAUAUCCAUUUUGCGGUGACAGACCUGACCCAGUUCCAAAUUACAUGGAAAUUAAAGAAAAUAUAAUGAAAGAAUCACGUGAUUUCGUGAAAGCUACAGCACGCGGACAAACAAUUGUAUAUUUACUUGCGCUUCAGGCCAUUGAAGACCACCAGCCGUAUCCUGAGUAUGUGUAUUCCAGUGAAAUAAAGCACCUGUUGAAAAUCGUUGUACCAAUUGAUAGUCCAUGGGAUUGUUUUUCACACCAAUCAAAUGCAAUUAAAAGUAUCGUAGAUGAACAGGACAUUGAGGGUAUCGAAGAUGUUCCACCUAUACUUACAUUUAAAGCUGAGAGCAAAGACCACGCUCUGUCUGUUUCCAAUUGCUUAUUCUUUGAUUUAAAGAAACACGGAUUAGACAUCAAAAUGGAAAAUGAAAACUGUACUUCACUAGGUUUUGUGGAUCAAUUUGAUUUUAAAACAAAAGAAUAUGGAGAAUUUGGAUGUAAUCCUUGUCAUCAUCACAGUAAAUUCACGUUCCUCUGGUAAAGGGAAUGUUGUUGAUGUAAUUGUGAUUAGUCCAUCAGAAAUAUUGUGUUUUGGCCGAAUGCACACGAUUUUACAUUAACCGAGUCGAUAUGUAGAUAUUAGCGAAAGCACAAUCAGUUUUAGAUAAAUAAAUGCUAUCAGCUACUUUGAAUAUAAACAUUUUCAGAACUAAGAUUGUUUUAAUAAAUGUAUAUUCCUG